AUGGAGGAUAUCCAUGUUUUUCCACAGAACUGGCGAUGCGAUAUGGAGUCGUACUAUGACAAAUAUCAGUUCAUAAGGUACUCGAACGAUCCCAGUGGGUCACUUCUGGGAGAUCUAACUCCACUGCUAAGAUCCCAAAAUGUAUCGGAAUCUGCGAUCAGCUACAUUUCGGAGUCGCUUCGUUCCGGACGUACUGCUCACAGCACUGUCAAGUCAGCAGCGCGAGCGUUUCUUGAAGAUCGAAUUCGGCAGAGCCCAUAUCUUAUGGAACUGAUUGUUCGUCUGUUUUAUUACGAUUACAAACUUCUCCACUAUCCUUUGCCAAAUCUUGAUCAGCUCUCCGGCCGAGACGCUCUUCAAAGUUCUUGA